CCAACUGUGAGACCCGGGGCGUUUUUACAAAUGUAUGACAACUUCAGAGCACAACAAAUCUCAGCGCCGUGGAAUGGUUGGCUCCUACACCAGGAUGUGGGUCCAGGCCCAUGGAGCCUUGGAGGACCUUCUGGUGGAUGAGCACCCUCCCACUGCCCCUCGGCCGCUGAAGGACCGGCUGCAGGUCUUCCAGGGCCUGGCCACCUUCUACCUGAAGUACCUGCAGAUCUUCCGCAGCCUGGAGUCUGUCUACGACCAGAUAGUUCACCCCCAGAAGAGACGCAUGGUCAGGCACGUGUUGGACGGCGUGAUGGGUAGAAUCCUGGAGCUCAAGAACGAGAUGGUGGAGCUGGAGUUCUCAGAGUUCCACUACUUUGAUGAUGUGCUGCAGGACCUCAAGCUGACACCUGAGGACCUGGAGGUGCCCAUCCCUCAGUAUUUUGUGAGAGAGAAGAUGCGUGUGCUGCGGGACAGAGAGAAGAUGCUGGCUCAUGUCAUGGCUAAAGGGGGACACAUUGAACAGGUUGAGCAGGAGGUGUCGGUUCAGACCAUGUGUCUGGAGGAAGCUGUUCGGGUCCUUCAGGUUUGUGAGCGGGCACGGCAGGGUCGGCUCAGGCAUCGCUUCAUGAAGGAGAUACGGCAGGCUGAGGAAGAAGGGAGCCAGGCCAAGAGCCAAACACCCAUCAGCACCCUGGACCCCGACCAGGCUGCCACAUGCAUUCAGAAGGUUUGGCGGGGCUACAGUCAGAGGAAGAGGACCAGGAGAGAACGGCUGGAGGAGAUGAUAUUUCUGGGAAUGGUCCCUCCAGAGCAGCAGCAGCAGAGGCCCAGCGUGGCCCAGCUGAAGGCCCAGCAGGUGGAGACGACUCGCAGGCUGGUCCAGGAGGAGAAUGAGGCUGAGUAUCAGAGGGCCCUGGUCAGCAUCAAGGAGUCUGUGCGUGCCGUGGACGGCCCUGACCUACGGGAAACCCUGCAGGAGCAGAUCAGACAGUGGUUUAUCGAGUGCCGAGAUGCCACUGGAAAGUUUCCUGACUUCCCCAAUGCUGAGGAUGGGGGAUCAACAGCCAUAUUUGCACAGAAGACACCUGACCAGGUCGCUGCAGAAUUAGCAGCGAAAGAGGAAGAGAAGAAGAGGAAAGACAACAUAAAUAAAGAUAAGAAGGGUGGGAAGGACCGCAAGGAUCAGAAGAAAGACAAGAAGCGGAGAAGCAAACAGAAGAAAGGAGGAAAAGAAGAAGGAGAGGAGGAGGAGAAGGGCUGGAAAAUGCCCCCGAGCAACUUCCUCCCUACUGUUGUGGAGGGAAACAAAAUGUACAAAGACGUGUGGCAGGGGCGUGAUGAAACACAGAACUUCCUGCAGCGGUUUGAUGCCCAGCUGGUGCGUGAGGAGAAGAGGUUGGAGGUGGAGGAGGAGGUCAGAGUUCAGGUCGAUGAGCUGAUGAGACAGGAAGUGAAGAAUCUCAAGCUGGCUGUGGACCGAGAGAAAGGGAAGAAGAAGAAGAAGGGAAAGAAAGGUGGCAAGAAGAAAAAGAAGAAAGGAAAGAAGGGCAGUAAGAAGAAGAAGAAGAAAGAGAAGGAUCUGACUGCUGACAGAACCCUUGAGUCUCUGUAUGAAGAGCUGGUGCUGGAAGGCUUCUUGAUUAGACCCUUGAACAUCAAGCUCUCUGAGUACAUUGGUGAGUUCAGCUACCUGGGUACGACCCUGCGCCAGGCAGACAUUGAGCCCAUGCCCUCUCUGUCAGACGUCAGACAGCUCAUUGCCCUUUAUGGGAUCCUGCCUCUGGGAUCCCAGUCCGUCCAUCAGAAGGCUCCCCUGAUGAAGACUCUGCUGCUGGCUGGUCCUGGAGGCGUAGGGAAGAGGAUGCUGGUCCAUGCUCUGUGCACUGAGACCGGGGGCAACCUCUUCAACCUGUCCCCCAGAAACCUGGCUGGGAAGUACCCCGGCAGGAGCUGCCUCCAGUACCUACUGCACAUGGUCUUCAAGGUGGCUCGCCAGCUGCAGCCCUCUGUAAUAUGGAUCGGAGAUGCAGAGAAACCUUUUAUAAGAAAGUCCCGAAGCUGGAGAAAGAGAUGGGAGCCUAAGCGUCUGAAGAAGGACCUAGUCAAGGUGCUGAAGUCUGUGAAGCCUGAGGAUCGUGUUCUGGUCGUAGGGAUCCGGAGGCCCUUUGACGCAGACCUCAAGCCCUUCUGUAAAGUCUAUAGGAAGAUCAUCCUCAUCCCCAGACCUGACUAUGCCUCCAGACUGGUGCUGUGGAGGGAGCUGCUGUGUGGCGGCGGUGCUCGCCUCACCCCCAACCUGGACCUGAGCUCCCUGGCCAAGGUGACAGAUGGCUACACCCAGGGCCACAUCCUGCAGGCUGUGAGGCAGGUGCUGACCCCUCGCAGGCUGGCCCAGCAGACUACCAGACCACUGACCGCUGAAGAGUUCAUCCCUCCACUGGCCAGACAGGACCCCGUCUACAAAGAGGAGGAGGAGGCCUUUAAGAUGUGGUACGGCAGGACACCUUUGGGUAAGAAGAGGGCACGGGCGGCCAAGGCCAUCGAGGAGGAGGGAGAGUCGGGCAAGGACAAAGACAAGCGGGGCACUGGGAGGAAGACAGGGAAAGAAGAGAAAAGCAAGAAGAACAAUAAGUAAAUGUCAAAGACAAGAGACAGAAGUCGUCAACAUUGGAGAGGUCUACAGACAGGGACUUUCAGGGGAUGUGAUUUACAUUCCUACUUCUUAGAUAUGAUGGACGAUACAUUUACUACCAGUCUAUGACUGUAAAUGUCAUGACAACAGUAUAACGGUAACAGUCGAUCGUGUUAUGAUCAUAAUGACAAAAGUAGCUGUUUAUCUUGUAUGAGACCAGAUAUAAAGUAUGUCAAAUAAAUCAUUAUUAUCGCAGUGUAAAUAUUGAAGAUAAGUGUUGUUGAUUUUA